AUGCACACCAUUUUUCGUAUUGAUAGUGUAAUAUCAAUAAACGACGACAAUCGUCUAUGGCAGGUAGACUUAAUACAGACUAAUGACAACGAUUCACAACUAAAUAAUCUUACUCAACGGAUACGUAAUGAGAUUCAAGGAACGACUGGAUGGGAUAAACUGGGUAAAUUACUAAUCAAAAUUGGUCAAUUUGAUAAGGCUAAUGAAUUAUACGAAUUCCUCCUUGAUCAAUCAUAUAAUGAUCGUGAGAAAACACAUUUCUAUCAUCAACUUGGAUGGAGUAAGAAAAGUCAAAGAAAAUAUGAAGAAGCAAUUAUAUGUUAUGAAAAAUCGCUUGAAAUUAAACAAAAAGUCAUGCCUCCAAAUCAUUCUUCGUUUGCUGUUUCUUUUAAUGAAAUUGGUUCAGUAUAUGAAAAGAUGAAUAAAUACACAAAAGCGCUUUUGUAUUACGAAAAAGGACUUGCCAUUCAAUAUGAAAUGCCUUCUUCAAAUAAUUCCGGCUUAGCAUAUACAUACAGCAACAUUGGGACUGUUUAUGAAAAAAUGAACGAUUAUUCAAAAGCUCUUUCAUUUCAUGAAAAAGCGCUUGAAAUUCGACGAAAUGAAGAUUCUUCAAAUAAUCUCACCUUAGCUUUUUCUUACAAUCAUAUUGGUUCCGUAUAUGAAAAGAUGAAUGACUAUUCGGAAGCACUUUCAUCUCACAAAAAAGCAUUGGAAAUUCAACAAAAAAUACUUCCUUCAAAUCAUCCUGAUUUGGCUCAAACCUACAGUAACGUCGGUUUUGUGUAUGGUAAGAUGGGUCAAUACUCAAAAGCACUUCAAUUUCAUCAACAAGCUGUUGAUAUUGGAAAACGGUCAUUGCCUGCUAAUCACCCUCGUCUUCAACCGUGGUUAAAGAAUCUCGAAUAUAUAAAAAGAAAAAUUUAA